UGGUAUUUGGUUUGUUCAGUCCGAUGUAUCAAAAGAGAGAUAGUCGAAGGAUUUUGGGAGAGUUUUAGAUUGUGAGAUAAAUAGUGAGAGAGAGAGAGAGAGAGAGAACGAUCUAGGGAUAAAAAGAGGGAGCUUCAGAGAGUUGCAGGCAGAAAGAGAGAGAAAGUGGAAGGAGGUUUGCUAAGUUUGGGAUUUUAGUGAUUGAUUGGGAGGGCUUGAAGGUAAUAUCGAUCUUCACCGUUUCAGAGUAUCAAGUGUGUCGGUCAAGCUGUUGGGUGCGAAGGUCACAAAUAGGAAAGAAAGAUCGUUGCUAGAACUGUUAAUAUCGUUGGAGAUGAAGAGAUCGGUUAAUAGCAGAAUUUAAUAAUCAAAUACUUGCAAAGGCUGUAGCACAUUUCUUUCAAUCGAAGUUUUUGGUCAUAACUUGGUCAGACUUUAGUUUUCUGCAUUUGCUUGGAUUUUCAACAAACAAAAAGAUCAGUUAAGAGUACUGGUCUGAUUUCUAAGGUCUGGAUUACUGCCGAUUUUUUUUCCGGCUCUACCUCGGUUCUGGAUAUAUCGUAUCUUUGCGUCGUUUUGCUCUUUCUUCUACACUCUUCUGACCAUCUUUAUCAAUUGUUGAGAGAGAGAGAGAGAGAGCGGUUGUGUGUGUUUGCUUCGGACGAGGAGGUAGAGAGAUAUAUCGGAGGAAAAGUUUGAAUCUUCAAUCCGGUGAUGGUGUGACAGAGUAAAAGCCUAAUCCUUCAAUAUAUUUGAUAGCUGCAAAGAAAAGUCUGAGCAUCUUAGAGCCCAAGGUUGUUAACAUCUAGUAUUCUUUGCCUCCUCAAGUGGGAAGAAGUUGGGAAAAUGAAAAUCUCCAUCAGAGUGUAGAUUUCCGGGGUUUGACAAAAACCCAGUUUUUGACUCAGGAUUUUGUUGGUUAAAAACAAAGAGAGGGUUUGGAGGGAUUUAGUAAAAAAGGAAAGUGAUCGUGAAGAGGUUGAUGUUCAGAAGAAAUUCAAGCCCCACCAAGGUUGAAUUCCUGGAUCCGCCCCUGAGUCCAAGUAGGAUUAACUGGUAAUUACGGAGACGCCACACUCUGCUUCAAUGGCUGCCGCAGUGACAUCUCAGGCCUCUCUGAAACAACCAAAGCUGCUCCCUUUCUCACCCAAAACCCCGCAAAACCCUCGCCCCACUUUAAUCUAUGUGCCCUCUUUCACGAACUCAAAACUGAAAUCUGGUCUCAAAUUGGGAAAUGGGUUCGCUGCAAAAGCUUCAAUGGUUGUCAAUGAGACCGAUUCGAAGUCUUCAGUUUCUGAAAAGAGGGCCAACAGCACCAUCAUUGUUAUUGACAAUUAUGAUAGCUUCACCUACAAUCUCUGCCAGUAUAUGGGAGAGCUUGGAUGUCACUUUGAAGUUUAUCGCAAUGAUGAAUUAACAGUGGAUGAACUAAAAAGGAAAAAUCCUAGAGGAGUCUUGAUCUCCCCAGGGCCAGGGGCACCCCAAGAUUCUGGAAUAUCAUUGCAAACUGUGUUGGAGUUAGGACCCAUUGUCCCCUUGUUUGGUGUGUGUAUGGGUCUGCAGUGCAUUGGGGAGGCUUUUGGAGGGAAUGUUGUUCGUUCUCCUUAUGGUGUUGUGCAUGGGAAGAGCUCUCCCGUGUAUUAUAAUGAGAAGGAGGAAGACAGCUUGUUUGCUGGACUAUCAAACCCUUUCACUGCUGGCAGAUAUCACAGUCUUGUAAUUGAAAAGGACAGUUUUCCUAGCGAAGAACUUGAAAUUACAGCAUGGACCGAGGAUGGACUGAUAAUGGCUGCUCGUCACAAGAAAUAUAGGUAUCUUCAGGGUGUCCAGUUCCAUCCUGAAAGUAUCAUCACUUCCGAAGGCAGGACAAUCGUUCGCAACUUUGUAAAACUGAUCGAGAAAAGUGAGUCGGAAUCUGAGAAUAACUAGAGGUUUGGUUUGUCUACACAGUGUAAUGUAAUGUAUCGGAUCAAUAUAUAUUUAUGGGCCUUUAAGUCAGCUCGCUAGUGAAUCAGAAGUUGAUCAUGUUUCUCGUCUACUCUUUCAAUGUACUUCAUCACAUGUAGACAUGUAGUAUUUCAACUCUAUUAUAGUAUUAUCAAUCCUUCCAUAACUUCCUGAAGAUAA